CCUCAGCCACUGAUUAGCUGAGAGGGCCUGUGACAUCAUGGCCACAAACCUGGACGCAGCACACAGCAGGGACUGGAGCUCUGUAAUACCAGGGGCUGCACUGGAGCGUAAAAGAUCCUGAGACAAAAGGGUCCGUCAGUGGUGAACAUCCAUCCCUGGAGGCUGGAAACAGAGGAGAGCUGUUCUAGCUGGAGGUAUAAGGAGACAGCACGAGGAAGGCUGGCAGAAUGCUGGAGGUCCAUGAAGAACAAGGAUACUGAAGAGAUCACUUCUCAGUUGUCGACACAGGCAAAAUUCCAAUGAAAGAUACCACAGGAUCAUCUGUCCCUCCCUUCACACCUCUACUCAGAUCCGUCCCUCAACAAUCUCCCAUAGAGGUGUUCCUAUCAGCUCAUAGACAGAGACAACAAGAGACCGCACAAGGAAGAUUACAGCAAGAUGGAUGUGCCAAAUGAAAAGACGGAGAAUUUGGAUGAUGAGAGUACCCUGGAGGGUGAAGAUUUCCUCUGUCGGCUCACCGAUGAAGAGAAGGAGUGUCUACAAUAUUUACUGGAGACCAUUGAUUCAUUAGACCAGGAUGAAGAUGAAAAUGCAAAUAAUGACCCUGAUAAGGAACACUUGAGGAAUUCUGCAGGACUUCAAGAUCUUGAUAGAAACCAGAAAGGUUUGACUGAAAAUGUAAAGCAAUCAGACAAAACAGAGCAAGAUCCAUCGCCAUCAAAGAUGAAGAUUGUUAAAUCUUUCUCCGAAGACUGUCCAGGUUUAUCCAUCACUGUCACUCCAGACACAGGACAGAAGUCCACUGGCUCUCAUCCAAAUCACCUGAGAAAGUUUGAUACCAUAAUGAGGUCGGGUGUCAAUGUCCAGGAGCUAAGAGCUCGAUUUAUCCGUCAACAAGGCAAUGCUUCCUUCGAAGAGGCUUCCAAGGUUACAGAACUUUCAUCGUCUUCGAAACAGCUGCCCCAGGUCACCCAUAACCGGAUGUCUCCUAGACAAGAGGCUUUACAAAAGUUGGGUUUGCUACAAAUUAAUCAAAGUAAAAUAAACACCCCUGAAGAACCUCAUGGUACGGACCAAAACUCAGCUGUAAAGAACUAUGAGAUAAACCAAAACCAUUCAAAAGCAGGGUCCAAUUUAUCCCGUUCCCUUGAAAGAAAACCAGGAGCUUUUGACAAAGUUUGGCCACCAUAGUCGUAGGUAGCUACUUUUUUUUCCCAAAGACUUUGACUAGUGGAUUUGCCAUAGACUGUAUAUUCACCAAUGUGAAGUAUGCAGCUUCAUUUUAUAACCAUUUUAACUAUGUACUGUUAGAAAUACUGGGGCCGAAAAUCUGGUUUAUAUCAAUGUUACUUGGAGUAAACUUUACUUCUGCAUACCCAAGACAGACUACCUGCAGGUUUAGAUCAAGUCAAGCUGCAGAAAACUGCAGUCCAUUUUUUCCUUUGGCCUAGAAGAACAAUCUUCGCACUGGGGUUCUUAAUGGGUAGUAAAUGAGGGGCAAUGGGAUGCAAUGUGUCACUGCACAAUGGCUCCAGACAUACAGUAAUAACAAACAACCUAAAUAUAAUUAAAAGGGCUGUUUUUUUGAAAAUGGGACCACACGUGUCUACAGGUUGUGUUCAGUAUUACUGCUCAGCCCAUUGAUUUCAAUAGAACUUAACUGCAAUACCAGACACAACUGUUGUUUCUGGAACAAAGAAGCCAUGUUUUUUCUUGGUUUCCUUUGUUGUUUUUCCAGACCGAGGCUACACAACUCAGAUUAGAUUUCUCAGGACAAACUUAGUUGCACUUUAGCUCCAUAACCAGUUGCAAGCCUUUACAACAUAUAAAGUACUGGAUUAUUGUUACAUAUGCAGCACCCUGGUACCCGGGUUCUAGCUGCAAUCUAAGUUAAAAUGUUGGGCGGCUGAGAGAAACCUAUUUAAACUGCAUAAACUUUAUAUGGGAUAUGGUGAGUUCACUUGUAAAGUUGUUUUCUGUGUAUAACAUUGCAUUAAUAGCAUACUCUAAGGUAGCGGUUCCCAACCUGGGGUACGCGUACCCCCAGGGGUACGCAGCAGAACUCCUUUGGGUAUGCGUAAAACAAUCAGUAAUGGUGGCCGCUGUAAUACUGAUUCAUGUGACGUCUGGAAAAAUACCACCGCUACCUUGUUAAUACCUUUAGCCACACCGGUAUUUUGCCAGGUUUCACAUUAAUUAAAGCUAAAGGCGUAUCCAGAGGGGUUGUUGGGCAGGCAGAGGAGGUUCAGGGGAGCUGAGAGGCGUGACACCCCCCAGUUCCUAGGUAGGUCCAGGAGAGUGCACAGACCCACAGGCAGAAACAAGCAAUCGCAGAGUCAGCUCUGUGAUCGCUAUUAGUUUGCUGGGGAAGCUGCGCUGAGAGUGUUCAUUUCCUCCCUCCCAGCAUACAUAAGAUGGCUGUAACAUGUAAUGUGCAGCCCGUAUGUGUGCAUGUAAGUGACGGGGGCAGUGUGUGGGUCAUGUAAAUGAUGGGGGCAAUGUGUGGGGGGCA